UUUUUUAAUGUUUGCGUCAUUCACAAACAGCAAAUAUUUGGAGACUAACCAAGGAAACAGUCAACAAAAGAAAAGUAUAAAAACAAUUCAUAGUUAUUCAGUCAUUGUUCCACUUUCUAUUUUGUCCAACUCUGGAGAUAAUUGAUUGGAAUCAGUGCUGUGCAUAACAGAGACAUGUAACAAGUGUCAACGAGGCAUCGUUUAGUUCGAAAGUAAAUACCAAAACAACUUUUAUACAAUAGCUUUUUUUUAUUUCAAAGUACACAAAAUAAUUCUCCAUUGGUUACAGAAGGAAAAAGUUGCAGCUUGAAAAAAAAAUGGAAUAAAAUUGACUAGAGACACAUCACAACAGCUAUUUUGUUUCGGUAUUUGUUUCAUUGGCUAAGUUCCACGAGGAUGGUAAUGAUGUAGAAUACAUAGUCAUCUUUUGGUGACACUAGAAAAGUUUCCACAUGGACGUUGCGAUAACCAAGGCGAUGUAUGUCUAUGUAGUUCUCGUUAUCUGCCUGGCCGUGUCCGUAGCUGGACAAUGUCCAGCAUCUACUCUAUGCUCCCAGUGUGACCCAGGAGGCCGGGCAGUGUGCGGCUCCAUUUGCCCCGUGAACAUCCCGCUACCCCUGGAUAUUAUUUACCUGAGCGUGAGUAACGGGACCUGUGACAACUGGGUGAAGCUUGCCCUGAUCAGAUCAGACUACUUCCAGACGUACAACAGCCUGCAUGUGCUCAACUUAACAUCUGCCCACGUGGAAAGGCUCUUCGCUUCUCCAUUCACAGGAAUGCCGAACGUCAAAGACAUGGAUCUGUCCCACAACCUGAUCAAAAGUUUCUCCGUGACCGCCUGGGCCGGCAUCUCCUUGCUGGAAACACUGGACCUGAGCUACAACAACAUCUUGGGAGUUCUAUCUGCGCCGUUCUCAAAGCUAACCUCUCUCAAACAUCUGAACCUGUUUAACAACAACUUCUCUGUCUCACUGACCAACACGUCCUUUGGCGGACUAACGAAUCUGGAAACCUUAAAUCUAGGCAAUAAUCCUCUCUCUUACGUCGAUGGAAGUGUUUUCCAGCCAUUGGUUAGUAUAAUUACAAUCGAAAUGAAAAAUAUGUCAAUGACAAGCAUAGCCAGUAAACUUUUCAGUGAUUUAAAUACAUUGAGAAACGUUGACGCUUCAGAGAAUAAAAUAUCUUUUGUUGCUGGCGACUUCUUGACUGGCACAUCUUUAGAUUUACUAAAUCUGUCAAACAAUUUUAUAACUUCUAUUCCAACUGAUGCUUUCAGAAAUUCUCUUGCUCCACCUAAAGUAAUAAACUUGAGUAACAAUAAAAUUACUCAGAUCUCAAGUAUCGAUUUAAAAGGACUAAUAGUGAACAGACUGGAUCUAAGUGGCAAUCCAAUAACUACAGUCGCUGGCGACGCCUUUGACGGAACAUCCAUCUCCUACAUAGAUCUCAGCAAUACAGGAUUGACAUCUUUGCCUAAUGCUACAGAGGCGUGGCUCAAAGGGAGUACCUCAACGAUAGACCUGACUAGCACUAACUGGCUGUGUGAUUAUACCAGUCUAUGGUUUGCACGUCUACUCCAGACCAAAAGUAACAUCAAGUCUCCAACGUGCACUGGCAAGUACAGUGGUACAACUCUAAAAGACUCUUGGUCACAGCUGGAAGCAGAUUGUAUGACUACCACAACGAUUACUACCACUACAACUACAACUCCAGACACAACAACUACGCCAACCACAACUACAACCACGCCAACUACAACAACUACUACGCCAGCUACACCUACCACAACAACCACAUCUACCACAACAUCAACGUCAACAACAACCACAUCAGCGUCAACUAGUACAACACCAACAGCUACAUCAACGACAACUAGUACAACACCAACAACCACAUCAACGACAACCACCACUACACCUUUAACUACUACAGAAGCGACUACUAUGUCAACCAGCACGUCACCAACGACAACAACCGUCGCAGCACCAACAACUUUCAAAGCUAUGCUGACGACAUUGCAGACACCACCACUGACACCAACGACACCCCAACCUCAGUCCACAGUUCAGGCGCCACCACCGCAGAACCCAAAUUUAUCAGGAAACAGCCAACCUAUCCCGGCUGCCCCUUCUACCACUAGCGACAUUGUCCAGAUGAUGCCCAUCGUCUUAGCCGUGAUGUCCACCAUAGCCUUAUGCCUGGCCGUGGCUGGCCUCAUUGCAGGCUGCUAUCUCUGCCGUAAGACCGACAAAAUAAUAAGUCAUGCAGUGAAACCUCACAGCAUGAAGUUGGCAUGGCAACAGGAUUAACACACAAUGAAACAUUACGAUUGAAAUAGAAUUUCUUACUGAAGUCAUCCUUUCAAAAUGAGAGUUCAAGACAAUGAACAACUAGGAAAACUAAUAUAACAGAAGAGUUUUUAGAUGUGCUAUUUUUUAGAUGUACAUGCUAUACGUUUGUUAGUAUAAAUGAAUAUUCAAAUUUGUCAAAUCAAAAUGAUGUUACUUAUUCCAGUGGAUGUUUUAUUAUUAUUAAGACAAAACCUGAUGCAAUGUGCAUCGCUUUCUGUAUCUCUCACUCUCUCUAGUUACGCAUGAUCUUAUCAAAGUUGUAUUUUCUUUGUAUGCUCUCAUGUAAUGUUCAUUAUUUUGUUAUGACUGACACGUCGUUUGUGAUAUGGCACUGUUAUAUGUAACAUGUUAUAUGUAAAUAGAUUGUCAAUUCAACAUAACAUUAUGACUAACUGCUUCUCGAAAAAUGUUUCCAAUAGCAUGCACAACUUUGAAACUAAUAUCCGCAAAAUGCACAUUUUAAAGUUUGAUGUUUAAAAGUAGAUAAUUCAAUACUUUACAAGCUAUGUUACUCUUGCUUUUGUAAGACUCAAACCUGCUAGUGUCAAAACUAUUUAAUUAAAGGGCUUAUAGUUAUUAUUUCCGUGAACUAGGAGUUUCAAAUAAUACAAUGUUCCCAGGUUUACAUCUAUAUAUGUCAAUAAACGUCAAUGUAAACGUCAAUAAGAUAUGGGUCACAAAAGGAAAGGAUUUUCGGCAAUGAUCUGGUAAAACACUAUUUCAGUACAGCCCCAAUGUUCAUCGGGUAUACUUUGAAACUGAACAGUGCACUCUAAAGAACAUCUAGAGAUUAUAAGCAUAUGCAGACUAAUUAAAACUCUUUGAUUCAACUUUUUUGUUAUUAUUAUUGUUAUUAUUAUUUCUUCACCUAAUAUUUAAUAAGUGUUUAUUAUUUGUUGUUGUUUUUUAACGUUUUUUUUAUUUCAUACAUAUUUAAACGGUUCGACUAUUUGAUAACCAAGCAAAUAUUGUUGUGAGCAUAUAAACAGUAUUAUUGUUAAUAUUAUAGAAUUCAGUAUUAUUUUACUUUAUUAUUAUUAUUUUAUGAUAUAUUUUUGCAAGCAGAAUGCGAUGUUGUUGAUUUGUAACAAAGCUAAUUAGAAAGCAAUAAACCAAAUGAAAUUUUUA